GAAUUAAUUUUCUAGCCCUUUGGAUUUUCAUAGCGCUGGCCAUGCUAGAACCCAUUUCUAUGGCUAUGACGGCAGGUGCCGUUAUUCAUACUGUAUAUCAACUGACAAAAUCAAUUUAUACUUUUACAUCAGGUACAGCCACAGUCGACCAAUCUGUACAGUCUAUGAUCAAGGAGCUUGACAGUCUCAGAGAAUCGACCUAUACCAUCGAGACUUGUUUGAGAAAUCCUUUACUGCAUAAACAGUUGGAGACAGCAGAGAAAAGUCAUCGGGAUGACUUGUUUCUGUCCAUCGACGGCUCACUCAAAAAUACGCAGAAUACUUUGGACAACUUCCAACAGACCCUCGACAGCAUCAGAGAGCCAACCUCACUCGGUCCACUUCGGCAACCGUUGAUACUAUUAGGGCUAAAUUUUAAUGCUAAGGAAAUUAUGAUAUAUCGAGCACAGAUCACUGCGCAUGUCCACGCGUUGUCCAUGGGCAUGCAUUCGAUCACUGUAUAUGCCAGCAUACAAUCGCCCCAUGUUGUCAUCAACGAAGUUGUACCCAAACUGAACGUUCUCAUCGAACUCGUUGCCGAUCUUAGCUCUGAGCAGCUCGAUCGUGCCAAUCUUUCAAUUCCAGAAGCCGAAAGAGCUCGCAUCGAAGAGACUACGACCAAGCUCAAGGUGGCAUCUCAACAAGUUAUCUCGCAUGCACGCAGUGUUACGAGUAGAGGGUCAACGACCGGAAGUACGGUCAGUGGGUCGCGACUUUUGAGUGUACGAGGUGGCAUUUCCGAUUGGAACUCUAUAGCAGCCCGCGAGGUGAGAGAAUCUACACUACCGGAGGGAUUUGAUGGAGAUCCUGAUUCCGAAGAGGAGACUGGGGUUGAAUUGUUUGAGUCUAUCCUGAAGGAAGGUCAUCGUCGUCACCAGGGAGGCCACAUUGAGGAUGCUACUAGUUGUUAUCGAAAAGCUUUAGAAGAAGCCGACAAGACAAGAUUGCGAAUUCAGCCGAACAAACACUACAACGACGCUUGCUUGAAAUUGGCAGAGAUUCAUCAGCAACGAAAGGAGUUCGAUGAAGCUAAAGUUGUUCUUACUGAACUUCUUGCCAAGUAUGAUUCUGUGCCGCCAGGCUUGGCUGAUCAGAUCGUCGACGCAUGGUAUUCUCUGGCACAAGUCCUCACAGAGUUGAAAGAACUUGAUCAGGCCGAAGAAUACUGCACCAAGGUCAUGCAUGCGCAGAGACGGCGUGACAAAGCAAGCGAUGCUUAUCGAAAUUCCGUCUUGCUUCUGGCAUCGAUCAAUGACGAGAAGGGUGACACUUUGAAAGCAAUUGGGUAUCGAGGGUUGGUCAGUCAACCAACGAGUCCUCUCAGCCCUUCUUCGGCAGAGAAUGAUCAUAUCUUGUCUCAUGAUCACAGGAUAUCCCAAACGGCAACCGUUGUCAGUAACACCUCCGCCUCGGUGCCCCAAGACUAUGUUGGACCUGAGUAUCAAAGGUCUUCCCAACCUGCAAGCCCGCUUGGAGCAUCAGCUCCUCAAGACUACCUCGACGCUCAAUCUCAUAGGGCAACCAUGUCCGUCUCCAUAGCUAGCACUUCGACAGCUGUCGAAGGUAAGAUAUGUGACAUAGACGCAAACCCUCUUCAAAGGCUUGAAAGGCCAACGGGUCAAGAUCUGAAAAACACAUUUGGACAUCGAGACAACCCUCUUACUACUCGCUACGGAGAGGGGGGAAAGAGACACGGUGCCUUUGAGUGGACCGUCCCAUUCUCUAUAGAUGGUGCAACACUUCCUCAGAUCUUGGAGGCGAACGCAGACCACCUGAUAUACAAGUCUCUGGAAGCUCUGAAUGCGGACCUCUUCACUCGACCAUUAACAUCUAUCAAAAGCAGAAGAUUCGACCCUCAUAUUGCUCUUCGUCAUCGUAUCCAUGAAGGCCACCUCGAGGUUGCAUGGUUGCUGCUUUACAAACUGGAUCGUGUCAAGACCGAGUGGGAGAAACGCACUCGCCAUUUUUGGAGCUCAAGACGCCCGGACUUCCCUCAACGCAUCGAUGCAAAUUAUAAGAGCGAACACGGACUUACCUUCCUCGAAGACGCCUGCAUAAGCAAGAUAAGUGGCCGAGCGAAGCAUGAUAUGAUAGACUUGCUCCUUCAUUACGGCGUCAAUGUCAAUCCAAGAGUAGGUUACUUCGUACCACUGGCCCGAGCAACCUUGGAUGGCGAUCAUGACUUAGUUGAGAUUCUGCUAGCGCACAAAGCAGAUCCUGAUGUUCGACUUCGAAACCCAGAUGGUACCACUGAGCGUUCCUUCCAGAGAAGAAUUUUCACCAAUGACACCGUCCUGAUCACAGCCACAGAGGCCAAAUUGUCCAAGGUUGUCGACGCACUCUUAUUCCACAAGGCUAAAGUGGAUAUACCUUCGAGCAAAGGAACAGCUUUAUGCGUAGCAGCAGAGAAAGGAUGUCUUGACAUUGUCAAGACUUUACUGGAUUAUGGCGCAAAUGUGAAUGCAAUUCGACCAGUCCAGAAUAUGACCCCUCUUUGCUUGGCUUCGAAAAUUGGCCAUACGGCUGUUGUGAGGGCGUUGCUUAACGCUGGAGCGGAUGUGAAGCAUGAAGUCAAGCCGAAUUUCACGGCUAUCGUUUAUGCGAUUGAGCAGAGACAUCAUGCUAUUGCGGAUAUGCUGAGAGAUAAAGGAGCUAAAGAGUAGCGAUUUGUGAGUCGAGUAAUUUUCGUCUUUAUGUUGAUUCAUGUUGAUGGUUUCACGAAUUUUCUUCUGUACCAAUUCCAUUUCGGAGACUUAGACUAGAGCCUGGUCUGUUGAGGAAGGGUCUUCGCAGUUUUCAUCUGUACUGUUCUUGAUCUGGG